AUGGCUGCUCAGUGGGGCUAUUUCUCGAUCAUAUUCCUCCGGCCCCUCCUCGCCGUCUCCUUCGCUGUCUCUCUCAUCUUCUUCAGCUGGUGGGUGGCCUGGAAGACGGUGCUCGUCCAUGUCCCCCUCGUGCAGGAGAUCUUCGGCCUGCGCAAGAAGCCGAUCAAGCCGAGGGCGCCCGCCAGCCAUCGUCUCUCCCGAUUCUACAGCAACGUCACAUCGCGUAAUCCCGGUAAGCGUUCUCUAUAAAUCCGCCUGCAAUAAACAUCGAUUACCUCAUGUAUUCCCCGUACGGUGGUUCGGAUGUUUCCAACUUCGUUCUUUUCCAAUCCCUAACGAGGUAAUAACUCUCUUUGUUAUCCUUGUGUCUUUCUACAUUUAGCAACCAUUUUUUAGGAUUGGAUUCCUGAGAUCAUUUGUGCUACCUGUCAAUCUUCAAUCGAUUUCAAAAUUUUCUUUCAUAUGGUUAUUAGGGAUUUGACGAAAUGGCUUAUAUUCCGUUUGUGCAUUGGUGUUUUCCCUUUAUGGUGUUGAUUCAGGACGAUAAGAACAGUGAGAGAUGGAAAAGACGGGGAAACAUAGAAUGCAUCUGAAGCUGCGGGAUGUCAUAUUCCCGUUGAAGGAUCAAACGUUGACACCGUGGGAAAACCGGGUAUGCAUCGGGAAAUAGAACUCAUGUCAAAGAAGAAACCAAAACCAACUGGUGCUGUGAAUUAA